GUCCACCAGCAAGUACCAUGCUCAACCAUCGACCAGCGCAGGAUCUGGCAUCGAUCGCGCCGAUUUUGUGGCUGAACUGCCUCAAAUUAUUGCACCGGCGAGACAAUACAACAUGUUUCGCGAGGAGCAGAACCCAGUAUUGGAUAUUGCGCCUGGCGUGACGGCAAUGAAUAUUGCACGAAACUUCGAGUACACAACUGCUCACCUGCUCAAUGGUAUCAGCGAGGAUUCGGAUAGCCUGGCCGUCAAGCAUCAGCCUCGGAGCAAGAGCGCCCAUGACAUGUUGGAUGAGCCUUUUGAGUUUGUCGAAGAA